AUGUCCAGUCUUCACGAGCUCAUUCACCGACAGCGACCAGGACGAUGGCAAGAAUUCCGCGCCCGGCCUUGUGUCUUCCUCGCAAAAAUGCUUUAUGAUUGGUACGAGCCUAUUCCAGCUACGCCACUCACAAAACCCAUCGCGGUUGUCUGUAUCUCUGAUACUCACAACACCCAAACCGACGUCCAUGAUGGAGACAUUCUCAUCCAUGCUGGUGAUCUCACACAAUCUGGAUCUUUUCAGGAACUUCAAGAUUCGAUCACCUGGUUACGCAGUCUACCUCAUCCCACCAAAAUUGUGAUUGCUGGCAAUCAUGACCUACUACUUGAUUCAGCGCGGGAUGAUGUGUCCCAUCAAACAGCCUCCGGGCGAACUCAAAUCGACUGGGGAGAUAUAAUCUACCUCGAAAAAGAGGAAGUAACAAUUCAUUGCCCAAAUGGUCGUCAACUGAGGGUCUACGGAAGUCCCUACUCUCGCAGGCAUGGCAACUGGGCCUUUCAAUAUCCCCGAAAUCAAGAUGUGUGGGCUGGCUCAAUACCAGAUGGAAUUGAUGUGCUGAUUACUCAUGGCCCACCACUUGCUCAUCUUGACUUACUGAAGUAUGGCUGUCCUUAUUUGCUACAGACCUUAUGGAGAAUUCGACCGAGGCUACAUGUAUUCGGCCAUAUACAUGAGGGUUCAGGAACUGAGUUGAUGCUGUUCAACAGGCUCCAGGAGGCGUAUGAGGGCACUGUCGCUGCUGGAGGGGGCUUGAAAAAUCUACUGUUUACAGCUUGGGAGUUUGCUAAGGAAGUCCUACGCCCAGCCGUGGAAGCAAAAUUCUUAGACAAAGAAUGCAGGUAA